AUAAGAAUAGAUAAUAUUAACACAGGCUGGAAGGGAACAAUUGGAUUAGGUGUGAUCGGAAUACCACUAAAACAUUAUAAUCUCAUACCUACAUCAAUACUUCAAUUUAAACGACCUUGUUGGCUAGUUACACAUGAUGUUAUUAAUAUUAAUGGGCAAAAGUUGACAUCCAAAUAUGGUGAGGUAUUGGAAUUAUUAAAACCAGGUAUUAUCAUUACAAUGACGUUAACACACGCUGGAGUUUUAGUUUUAAUGAUAGGAAACACUAACUUGGAGGAUUUAGCUAUAUGUCUUCCAAAUAAUGUAUAUCCCAUUUUUGACUUAUAUGGUCUUUGUGAAAAAAUAUCUUUAAUUAAUGAAAAUGAAAUGGUUCGUAACAGUACACCAAUAAUUGAAGAACUACCAGUUUUAGAACAUGAUGGUAUACAUAAUAGACAUACAGGAGCGUGUGUUCAAUGUGAAAAAGCAAAUUUAGAAGUACAUGAAAAAGAACAUCAAGAACUAAAAGUAACCGCUGAACAUGCAGGUUUUACUACUACAGCAGUCCAAUUAAAAACGGAUUAAAUUUACUUUUACAUGCAAAUUGGAUAGUCGAAUUUGAUUGAAUCUUAAAAAAAAAUAUUCUAUUAUAUGCCUAAUGUAACUGUAUUUACAUUUGGAUUUGGUUUUGACACGAAAAGGCUGACUAAUUUGUUUUGAUUUAGAAGCUGCAUGUGCAAAAUUUUUUUGUUGAUGGAAUAGUGGUAAUUAUUGUACUAAAUGUACCUUAAGAGGAUAUGUCUACGAAGUUUUCUGAAAUAAUAUGUUUUUACUACAAAAAUGUUCUACAUUAUUUUGUACAAUAGCUUAUAUUAGCAAAAUGCGUUGAUUAAAAACUGCACGUAUAUUCAACUUCACAUAUUUCAGAUUUCCUGGGACACCGAUUUGAAAACGGAUCUUGUUAGAGUUAACUAUUUUGAGCAUAUUUUCAGGACACCGUAUGACUAUGUAACUUACAUCGAGAUUUAAAAAAAUUUAUAAUUUUAAAAUGUGUUAUCUCGAAAACGGAGUUAUGUUGGCGCUAUGCAAUUUGCACGCACAUUAUUCCACUUAAGCAACUUAAAUUGUUUUAUUUUUUUUUAGAAAAAGAGAAAUCCAUAAGUAUAAUUUUUAUACAAAUAUAAAACUAAGUACUCUUACAUGUACAUUAUGUCUAUUAAACCUUCAAAAAUGUAUUGCUUGCAAAAGAACGGAAAAAUAUAACCCCCAACAAUUGUUAUCCAAUGGUGUGCUAUCAAAUUACAGAGAUCAGUAAUAAUAGCACAAAGUUAUUAUAAUCUAUUUUUUUUUUUUGUAAUAAAGUGAAAUUUAUUUUAAAAUAUGAAAUGUGUAUAAUAAAAUAGACAAAUAUUAAUUUAUCACUAUUAGUUACUUAAAGGUAAAAACACAAUAGCACGGCGUCAAAGUGGUUUCAUGACUCGUGUCAAUUUCGAGACUGUUAUGGAUUUUUUACAGGGUUCAGAAAAACACUGUGCUGUGCACAAAAAUGCAAAACACCACUCACAAUUGUUGUGCGA